AUGCAGGGUGGUGGCAACAAUGCCAACAACAUGCGGAUGGGCGUGCCGAACAUGAUGAUGGGCGGCACGGGCCAAGGCAUGCGGAUGCCCAUGGGAGUGCCUAUGAUGGGCAUGCCCAUGAUGGGCAUGAUGGGCAUGAUGGGCAUGCCUAUGAACCCCAUGAUGGCGAUGCCGAUGAACCCCAUGAUGGGCAUGGGCAUGAACGCCGGCAUGGGCGCCCAGACGCCGUCACAGACCGGACAAGGAGCCGAUCGGAGUGCUGGAGUCAGCCCUGCGGUUAGCACGCCCCCAGUGGUGCCGCCAAAGGUCGACACCCAGCCCAUCCUGGAGGCUAAGCUGCCACCGGGACCCGGGCUACCGCCUGGCGCGGUCCACCGCGAGAGAAGUCGUAGUCGAGACGCUGUGAGGGCGCCUUCGAAGGUGGAGCAAGAGCCCGAGCCAGCUCGGGAGCCUACCCCGCCUCGAGAGAAGACGCCUCCCAGAUGUCACCUUCACAACACAAAGAAGCCCAACGCAAAGUGCAAGUUCUGCCAGAGAUGGCUUUCCAAUCAAAGCCAGGCGCAAUGUAAGCCUGCUGAGCCUGACAAGGUUGACAAAGAAGGUAGCAAGCACAAGGAAGACAAAUCCAAACCCAAGGAGGUGGAAAAGGAAGAAGACGAAGACUAUUCUCGUCGCACUUUCAAGUGCAGCAGCUUGCUGAAGGACCAGAUCUUUGGCUCCAGUUACUUCAAGAGCCUAUUAGAAAUCAGCGAUCUCGAUCCUUUGACGGAAGAGAUUGCGAAGUAUGCCGACACCCUUGACGUUUACAACUCGGGGAACAACGUGCACCCUUCCUGCUUCAUUUGUCAGGUCUACCGCCUGUUCACGCUGCCGCAGUCAGAGGAUUUGGACGAGCUGCUGGCAGUUCUGGAUGCGAAUCCUUCUGCCAAGGUUCGCUGCGCAGCAUUCUUGUACGUGCGCUUUGUGGUACCUCCGCACAAGUUGUACGACAAGCUAGAGGAGAACCUCUUUGACGAGCAGGAGUUGAAGUACGUGGAUGGUGACAAGCAGGUGACGACCACCAUUCGCGAAUAUGUGGAAAACCUGCUGGUUAAGGACAGAUAUUACAACACGCCGCUGCCAAGAAUUCCUGUGAAGGUUCGGCAGCAGCUGGAGAAGGAGCUUGCCCCCCUCUCACAGUUUCGAAAGCGAAUGGCUGCUGUCCAGAGAGAACUGCCUGCGAAGAAGGUUGCCGGUACAGCAGUGGAAGUCUAUGUUGACGGCAGCUGGAUACCUGGCCACAUCAAGAACUACGUAGGCCAGCACAAGCGAAGAGUGGGCAUUCAGCUCGAGGAUGGCACACUGGUACAGUCCCACUUGGGAAAGGUUGUGCUGAGAGAUGAGGAAGUAGAUGACAAAGACAAGGACAAAGACAAGGACCACGACAAAGACGAGAAAGCUGAGGACGACAAGAAGGAGGGGGAAGAUGAGGAGAAGACAAAGGACGAAGACCCGGACAACAAAAAGAAAAAGAAAGACAAGAAGGACGACCGCGACAGCAGUCGAAGCAGAAGUCGUAGUCGCAGCAGACAUCGUGGCAGCCGUAGCCGCAGCCGAAGGCGCCGGGGUAGCUCUCCAGACUGGGCCCGCUACAAGGGCUCGAUGGACCCCAGCGAGAUCGAGAGGCUGCGAGAAAAAGCUAGAGAAGAGGCUGUGGUUGGCGUGGGCAAGGCCUACUCCAAGAGACCAACCACAGUCGAGGGUGAGAUGUGGCGGGGAAGCGGGUCCGAAGGCCGUGUCUCCAUGCUUGGUGGCUCUCACGCCUAUAGCUCGUCCCGAGCUUCUGGCGCGAAGGGCUCUUCUGAUACCGAGAUCAGGAGCAGGAUCUCGCGUGAAGAGGAAGAGGAGCACAAACGCCGGAUGCGGGAGAUCUAUGAGAAGUACGGCUCUGUGUCAAAAGCCACUGCCGGACACACGCAGCUCCAGCGCUCCUCUGAGAUUGACCAGCCGGACGUGCUCCGCUUGGGCUGA